GGACGUCAUAGCAAAGCGGUCCAGCCUCCGGCCUCCAGCCUCCCACCCCCGUCCCGCUUCCACUACACCGUCAGGUUCUGCAGGCCAUUGCCAACCUGGAACUCUCAAGCCCAAGCACGCAGCAGCCAUCAAGCAGCCCAGGACUGUGUACCGGAGCACCGUCAGGAACCUGUGCGACGAUAGCCCCUGGCGCUUACGAUUUCUCACUGCCUCGUCUUGUAACUCACUCACUCGCUCGGCUGCUCGUCUCCCACCCUUGCAACGGCUGGGGCUCCAGCGCUCGCCUACCCCGGUCCAUGGACCCCUCUCUUGGGCGCCGAGGGUGACCUGAAUGGUCUGCAUUUGGCCUGCGUUUGGUCUGCAUUAGCACUGGCCCCCAACUACGUCACGAGAUCUGGCCGGACUCACCCGCCGCCUUUUCCGUCGCCGCCUCACCAGCCUCCACCACGCAGCGCUUCAUCGGUCGGAGUCGAGUGAGCGGCCCUUUACCCCCGACUGCGACGCGAAAUCCCCGGCAGUCGACCCGUCGCGAACAUGGCCGACCGCAAUCCGGAGUUGCAGGCGAAGCUGGAUGAGCUGGAGAGGGAGCUCGAGGAAGGCGAUAUUACUACCAAGGGAUACCAGAAACGCCGAACCCAGCUGCUGUCGCAGUACCUUGGCCCGGGCGCCCCCGUUGCAACCGCCCCAGAGGGCCGGGGUCCCCUCCGGAUACACUCCGCGGAUGACGGCUCGCAGGCUGGCAGCGAUGGCCAUCGGGCGACUUCGCUGGCCGCGCUAAAUUCCCAUUCGAACGACGCGGGCCCCUACUCCCCGACGAGCAUGUCAUCCCCCUCGGCCGGCCACCCGCAGUCCCCCUACGGAUAUUCCCAGUAUGACUCCCCGGACCAGCAGCAUCCUGCGACUCUGCUGCGGCCUGGUGGCCCCCUCGCCGACCAGAGGCCCCAGAUGAAGCCUCGCGACUCGCUCUUUCUCGCUCCCGGCCUGGGUCAACCGUCCGCUGCCGACCCAUCGAGGACGGGCACCAUGGUCUCAACAGACUACGCAUUCAACCCCGAACAGCACGCAGGAGGCUAUGGUGACCACCUCCAGCAGGGCCACUACGACAGCAGGACAGGCACGUUGCUGGACUCUCAGGGCUACUUCCAAGACUUUGCCGGCCAGCAGGCGUACGACCAAGGCCAGCAGGCGUACGACCAAGGCCAGCAGGCGUACGACCAAGGCCAGCAGGCGUACGACCAGGGCCAGCAGGGCGAGUACGGCGGGCCUCAGCGCUACUCGUCGAGCGACGCCUUCUCGCCUACCGCCGCCAUGGCGCCACCCAUGCUGACGGCCAACGACCUCCCUCCGCCCGCCGCGCUCGAGUAUCAGCUGCCUCUAGAGCCACGCGAAUUGCCUUUCGCCAUCCACGACCCGCACGAUAGCAACACUCCCAUGUCCAAGUUUGACAACAUCGCGGCCGUGCUGAGGCAUCGCGGCCGCACCCUGGCCAAGUCGCCCGCCUACUGGGUCCUCGACAGCAGGGGCAAGGAGAUCGCCUCCAUCACAUGGGAGAAGCUAGCCUCCCGCGCCGAGAAGGUGGCGCAGGUGAUCAGAGACAAGAGCUCACUCUAUCGAGGCGACCGUGUCGCCCUGAUAUACAGGGACAGCGAGAUCAUCGAGUUUGCUAUUGCCCUGCUGGGCUGCUUUAUCGCGGGCGUUGUUGCCGUCCCCAUCAACGACUUUCAGGACCACCAGAAGCUCAACCUGAUCCUGACCUCAACACAGGCCCACCUGGCCCUCACGACCGAGAACAACCUCAAGACAUUCCAGCGUGACAUCACGACGCACAAGCUUACUUGGCCCAAGGGGGUCGAGUGGUGGAAGACUAACGAGUUUGGCAGCUACCACCCGAAACGCAAGGAGGACAUCCCGCCGCUGUCACUCCCAGAUCUCGCCUACAUCGAAUUCUCUCGCGCCCCGACGGGCGACCUGCGGGGAGUUGUGCUGAGCCACCGCACCAUCAUGCACCAAAUGGCGUGUAUGAGUGCCGUCAUAUCAACAGUCCCAAGCACUGGACCCGCGGAUACUUUCAGCACCUCGUCGCUCAGGGAUCGCAGCGGCAAGCUGAUCGGCGGCGGUGCGAGCGGCGAGAUUCUGCUCUCGUACCUCGACCCCAGGCAGGGCAUUGGCAUGAUUCUUGGCGUGCUUCUGACUGUGUACGGCGGCCACACUAUGGUCUGGCUGGAGAACAAGACGGUGGACGUGCCGGGUCUCUACGCCCACCUCAUAACCAAGUACAAGGCGACCCUGAUGGUUGCCGACUACCCCGGCCUGCGCCGUGCCGUGUACAACUACCAGCAAGACCCCAUGACGACGAGGAAUUACAAGAAGGGCAUGGAGCCCAACUUCCAAACAGUCAAGCUCUGUCUGAUUGAUACCCUCACCGUGGACGGCGAAUUCCACGAGCUUCUGGCCGACCGCUGGCUGAGACCCCUUCGCAACCCUCGAGCUCGCGAGGUAGUCGCCCCGAUGCUCUGCCUGCCAGAGCAUGGCGGGAUGGUCAUUAGCGUGCGCGACUGGCUUGGCGGCGAAGAGCGCAUGGGUUGUCCGCUGAAGCUCACCUUGGGCGACGAGGAGGAGAAGGACUCGGGAGAGGAGAAAGAGGAGAAGGAGAAAGAAAAGUCGACGCAGUCCAACGGCUUUGGAAGCCUGCUGGGUGGCGGCACGACCAACACGACGGAGCAGCACGCUAAGAACGAGCUGAGUGAGGUCCUGCUUGACCGCGAAGCCCUCAAGACCAACGAGGUGGUCGUAGUGGCCAUCGGUGAGGAGGCGCGCAAGAAGGCUGGCGACCCAAACACAGUCCGCGUCGGCGCGUUCGGAUAUCCCAUCCCGGACGCGACCAUGGCUGUUGUUGACCCAGAGACGGGCUUGCUGACAUCGCCACACGCCAUCGGCGAGAUCUGGGUCGACUCGCCCUCGCUUUCGGGCGGCUUCUGGGCGCUGCCUAAGCAUACGGAGCAGAUAUUCCACGCGCGGCCCUAUAAGUUUGAGCCCGGUGACCCGACUCCAACGGCUAUCGAGCCCGAGUUCUUGCGCACCGGCCUCCUCGGCACAGUUAUCGAAGGCAAGAUCUUUGUGUUGGGUCUCUACGAAGACCGUAUCCGGCAGAAAGUCGAGUGGGUCGAGCACGGCCACGAGAUCGCUGCCGAGCACCGCUACUUUUUCGUCCAGCACAUCGUCGUCAGUAUCCUGCGCAACGUUCCCAAGAUCUUCGCCUGCUCGGCCUUCGACGUCUUUGUCAAUGAUGAACAUCUGCCCGUCGUCGUGCUCGAGUCUCAAGCGGCAUCGACAGCGCCAGCCACAGCAGGCGGCCCGCCUCGCCAGCUGGACAAGGCACUCCUGGACUCGCUCGCCGAGCGGUGCAUGGACGUGCUGCUGCAGGAGCACCAUCUCCGCGUCUACUGCGUUCUCACAACGGCCCCAAACGCGCUGCCCAGAGUGACCAAGAACGGCCGUCGCGACAUCGGCAACAUGCUGUGUCGCAGGGAUUUUGACUCUGGUCAGCUACCUUCGGCACAUGUCAAGUUCGGGGUUGAGCACGCCGUGCUGAACCUGCCCAUCGGCAUCGACCCUAUUGGCGGCAUCUGGUCGCCCAUGGCUACCAUGUCGCGGCAGGAGCUGCUGAUGCACAACGAGAAGCAAUACUCGGGAAUAGACCGGCGUGAAGUCGUUAUUGACGACCGUACGUCGACGCCGCUCAACAACUUCUCGAGCAUCACCGACUUGAUCCAGUGGCGCGUCGCCCGCCAGCCCGAGGAGCUGUCGUACUGCACUGUCGACGGUCGUGGCAAGGAAGGCAAGGGCAUCACGUGGAAGAAGUUCGACAUGAAGGUGGCAGCCGUUGCCAUGUAUCUCAAGAAUAAGGUCAAGAUACGUGCCGGCGACCACAUAGUUCUCAUGUACACGCACUCGGAGGAUUUUGCCUUUGCAAUCCACGCCUGCAUCAACCUCGGCGCCAUCGUGAUCCCGAUCCCGCCCAUGGACCAGAACAGGCUGUCUGAGGAUGUGCCCGCAUUCUUGCACCUCGUCAACGACUACAGCGUCAAGGCGGUUCUGGUCAACCAGGAUGUUGACCACCUUCUCAAGAUGAAGCCUGUCUCGCAGCACAUCAAGCAGUCGGCCCAGGUGCUCAGGGUUACGGUGCCCAGUGUCUACAACACCUCGCGGCCGCCCAAGCAGAACAGUGGCCUGAGAGACCUCGGACUCACCAUGGACCCUGCCUGGGUACAGCCUGGAUAUCCCGUCAUCAUCUGGACCUACUGGACGCCGGACCAACGCCGACUGGCCGUCCAGCUCGGCCACGACACCAUCCUUGGAAUGUGCAAGGUACAGAAGGAGACGUGCCAGAUGACGAGCUCACGCCCCGUCCUUGGAUGUGUCAGGAGCACUACCGGUCUGGGCUUCAUCCACUCGUGCCUGAUGGGCAUCUAUAUCGGCACGCCCACGUACCUGCUGUCGCCUGUCGAGUUCGCACAGAACCCCGUCUGCCUGUUCCAUAUCCUGUCGCGCUACAAGAUCAAGGACACGUAUGCGACACCGCAGAUGCUGGACCACGCUAUGAGCACCAUGCCGGCAAAGGGCUUCGCCCUCCACGAGCUCAAGAACAUGAUGAUUUCGGCCGACGCCCGCCCCAGAGUCGACGUGUUUCAGAAGGUCCGACUUCACUUCGCAGCUGCGAGUCUCGACCGCACGGCCAUCAACACGGUCUAUUCCCACGUUCUCAACCCCAUGAUCGCGUCGCGUUCGUACAUGUGCAUCGAGCCCAUAGAGCUGUGGCUGGACACGCGAGAACUCAGACGUGGUCUGGUUGUUCCCGUUGACCCCGACACGGAUCCGCGCGCACUGCUCGUGCAGGAUUCAGGCAUGGUCCCAGUGUCGACGCAGAUCGCCAUCGUCAACCCCGAGAGUAGACUAUUGUGCAGCGACGGCGAGUAUGGAGAGAUCUGGGUCGAUUCCGAGGCGUGCGUCAAAUCAUUCUACGGCUCCAGGGACGCCUUUGACGCCGAGCGCUUCGAUGGCCGCACUCUCGACGGCGACCCGGGCAUUCGCUACGUCCGCACCGGAGACUUGGGCUUCCUUCAUAACGUCAGCAGGCCUAUUGGUCCUGGUGGCGCCCAAGUCGACAUGCAGGUCCUGUUUGUCCUCGGCAACAUCGGCGAGACGUUUGAGGUCAACGGUCUGAGCCACUUCCCCAUGGACAUUGAGAACACAGUUGAGCGAGCGCACCGGUGCAUCGUUCCUCAAGGAUGCGCCGUGUUCCAAGCCGGAGGGCUCGUCGUCGUACUCGUCGAGGUCAGCCGCAAGGCGUUUCUAGCUUCUCUCGUUCCAGUCAUCGUCAACUCUAUCCUGAACGAGCAUCAGAUCAUCGUCGAUAUUGUGGCGUUUGUGUCCAAAGGGGUGUUCCCGCGCUCGCGCCUGGGUGAGAAGCAACGUGGCAAGAUUCUCGCAGGUUGGGUGUCUCGCAAGAUGUCGACGAUCGCGCAGUGGGCUAUCAAAGACAUGGACGCCAUCCAGGAAGGUCCCUUGGAAAACUCGGCCGCAGCGGCAGCAGCAGCCAACGAGCUCCACCGCGUCAGCAUGAGCAGCCACAGGUCCUCGGGAGGCCCAGCUCUCGCCGGCGGCCCGACAUUAAGCCUGCGUAACAUGGAGCGUGCGGCGCAGAUCCCAGAGCAGCGCGAGCUUGAGCACGCGUUCGACAACGGCAGGCGGAUGAGUUACAGCCACGGCUAUGACCAGGUUGGCGGCGGCAACGGAGUCCAUUCGGGUCUGAUGAUCGCCGAGAUGCCGGCCGACUUCCCGCCCGGCGGGGACAACGGUUCCGAGACCACGCCGACCAGGGCACAGGCCGGCCAGCGUCUUGUGCAUUCCAGGAGCACGUAUGACCUGACAGACGUCGAGAACCUCAGACUCGAUGGCCGCCCAACCUCGACGAUGCACCACCAGCAGCCGUACGCGUCUCAGUCGUCGGGACCGCCGCAGCUCCGCCUCCCAGGCGUUGACGGGCGGGAGUCGAUGGACUGGGACGACGGAAACAUGUUUGGCGGUGGCUCCAACCACCUCGGCGCCGUCAGGCCCGACGAUGGCGAAGGCUGGAGUCACAACGCCAUGAUGCACAUGAACCUGGCGGGAAACCUACAGAGGAAAGAGGACUAGUUCUCGCGCUUUUUCCGCCCGACGCCGUCCCCGUUCAAGGAACGCGAGAUCGGGACCGUUGAGGAGGUCCCCGAGGAGGAGUAGGCGGCUCCUUCUCGGGCGACUCCCCCCCCCCCCUAGGGAAACGGGAUCGGUGGGUCACUUGCUGCUUCCCGCCAGGCAUGGCAAAUCUUUUGUUGGAGUAGAAAUGAAGAUACCCCAGGCAGCUGUGGAUAAGCUGGCCGUUGCAAAAUCUGGGUUUUGCUGGUUUUCUGGUUUGUUUUGUUCAAUCUUGAGUUUCUUUUGCUGGGCAAAUGUAGAUAUCUGUUGCUAUAGCCAGUAAUUGUUGGUCUAACUCGGUCCCUCGUUGCUUUGCGA